AAACUGUCAGACUCGUAUAUAAAUGAAGUAGGCUGCGAACGUCCCCCUUUUAUAACCUCAAAAAUGCGCGAGAAGGAUUACAGUGGUAUAGCGAAGUGAGCUAUUUUAAUCAUUAAAUAGUGCUAAAGUGAACGGAUUAUCGCUAUGCCGUCGAAGAAAAGAAAAUAUAAUGCUAGAUUUCCAGCCGGACGAAUUAAGAAGAUUAUGCAGACCGAUGAAGAGGUGGGAAAAGUAGCACAAGCCGUGCCAAUUAUAAUUUCUCGUACCCUAGAACUUUUCGUAGAAUCACUCCUCGGCAAAGCCAUGCAAGUGACGAUGCAGAGAAACGCCAAGACCUUGAGCCCGUCACAUGUGAAACAGUGUAUACUUGCAGAAUCACGAUUUGACUUUCUACGAGAUUUGGUUAAAAACAUACCUGAUGUUACGGCAGCAGAAGAGAGGGAAAUAAUGAGUGGGGAAAGUUCACCAAACUCUUCUAGAUUUUCAGAUACAUCGGUUCCAAGAAAAGUGGUCAGAGCAGACUCGAACAGUUCCAGCAGCUCCGAAAUCAGAGUGCAACAGAUUUUAUCAGCACCAAAAGAUAGUCUUAUGAGGACCCUAUCUAUGGACUCGGAGCCGAAACCUAGAAACGAAACCGUCACAUCAGACUCAGCUAUAGAUUUAACGAAGAAAGUCGAAGAGAGACCAGUCGUUACCGCGAACUUUUACCAAGAGACUCUGAUCACGGAAGAAGUUCAACACAAGAGCGUGAUAAAAAUAAAUCCAACCUAUUCGAGCCCGCAGCCGUCAACGUCAAACUACGCCAGUUUGACAUCAGUGGAGCCUGUUAAAAAACUUGAAGUGCUAGUGCCAAAGCCGGAUCAUCCUAAGAUGUUCUACAUAGAUGAAAAACAAAAUAAUACGCCCCCCCGGACACCUGUCACACCUAUCCUAAACAUAGAUUUUACGAAAAAUCUAGCAAAACCAGAAAUAAAAGUCUUAGACACAGCCGUCGCUGGUAUAGUAGGCGUUCCUAAAACUGAUAAAAAACUCCAACGACAGAACUCUAAGUCCAAUAAGUCUGAAAUAAAAAAAGCUGAAAUAAAAAUACCCAUAGUCCCGACUAACGUUGACAUUGAUCUUUUGAAUUCAGGAAAUUUACAAAUAGACGAAGACUAUGAUACCUGAA